GCACAAACUGGCUAAGUCAAAUCAUAACGGACCUGAUAGUUAUAUUUGAAAAGAAAAUAUAUGGUAGAGAAAGCAGUUUGAAGGAUGAAAAACUUGAAGAAUUCCCCUACCUUGAAGUUGGAGAUGUUGAGAAAUAUGAGCGAAUGACCAAAUUGCCUUCUCCACGAUUUAUGGCUACUCAUCUCUGUCCUGAAAAUCUUCCCAAGUCUAUCCUCAAAAACAAAGCCAAGAUAUUGUUACUGCUUCGUAAUCCAAAAGAUGUAGCUACAUCUUAUUACCAUUUCUCCAAUGGUCUGUCUACUCUUUCCUCCUAUGAGACCUGGAAUAAAUUCUUCAAUGAUUUCAUGACAAAGAGAAUGCCCUGGGGAUGCUACCUGGAAUACCUUUCCAAAUGGAACAAAUAUGCUGAUGAUGAAAAUGUUAUGACAAUAACUUAUGAAGAGGUGAAAGAGAAUCCUGCCCAGAGUGUGAAAAACAUAGCUGCUUUCAUAGGGUUUUCACUGACUGAGGAAGAGCUUCAGCUUGUGAUAGACAGGAGUAGCUUCCAGUCAAUGAAGAAGAACUCGGAGAACACUCAUGGGGCACUGGGCAAAGUUCUCUUUCGCAAAGGUGGUGUGAGUGACUGGAAGAAUCUUUUCACUGAAGAACAGAAUGAGAAAAUGGACAAAGCAUUUGAAGAACUUGUUGGAGGAACUAAACUGGCAACAAAGUUAAAGUACGAAGUUUACUGUAAAGCCUGA